UGAGCCGACUGAUAGACGUCAACCAGCGAGAACACGGAGGUCCGGCAAAGGGCGGUGCUAAGAAACAUUGGGUGAAAGUUUGAAGUGUUGUCAUGUGACGAAGCGUACACAACCUCAGCGGACACACUCUUUCAAAGUUAAAGAAACGAAAGUAAGUUUUAGACAUUUUAUUUUAAUUUGAAAGCUCAUAGCGGACAUUGAUUGCGAUGAGUUUGGGAUCGGCGAAAGUAGGUGCAAUGUCGCGGUUUGGGAGUAGUUAAACAUCCACAAAGUCAAAAUUGGAGGCGCACCUUCGUCCUCGAAGCAACAAAGACGCAAGAUGACGGCGGAAGAGGUUAAGUACUUCACGCUCGACGACAUCGCUGAGCACAACUCCGUCAAGUCCACUUGGAUCGUCAUAAGCCAUAAGGUCUAUGACGUCACCGGGUUCCUCGAGGAGCACCCGGGCGGCGAGGAGGUCCUGAGGGAGCACGCGGGCGGCGAUGCCACAGAGAACUUUGAGGACGUCGGACACUCCAGCGAUGCCCGCGCCAUCGCCCAACAGAUGUUCGUCGGGGAGCUUCACCCGGACGACAGAGAGAAAGUGGCCAAGCCUUCGGAAAGUCUGGCGACUCCUUUGGAGGAGCAGCCAAGCUGGUGGCCCAAUUGGCUGAUUCCGAUGGCGGCCGCUGCCAUCGUCACGCUGAUGUAUCGCAUCUACACGGCUGAGGCAGAGAUGUGAUGUCAUCAUGUGAUGUUGCGGUCUGCAGCCAUGACAUCAUCAUCAUGUUGUCUCAUGAUGUAACACUUGGAAUCGUGUCGGAGGCGUGGCCUCUCUCCCACAGGCUCCAACCCGGGCUGCUGUGACGCUGGAGCGAAAUCACCGCUGGAAUCAAAUCAUAUGGGGACAAUCAUCACUUUCUUUGUUUUGAAUCAAGACAACAUGGCAGCGCAUUGAAGGGAUCUUUGUUUGAAGCAGAACAAGACAAUAAUGGAGACCAGGAUAAAUAAUUACCUAAUACUGUAUAUUAGUUUUCAUAAUCGAGCUCCAUACAUAGGCCUAUUUUAUUAGCAGUGAGCACAAAUUGUGAACAGAAAAAAACGAAAGCUUUGGGUUUGUUUGUUUUUCAAUAAAUCGCUUGCAAGUUAGGUCAGGAGGUUAUAUCCUGAGGGCUUUGAAUUGACAGGGCAAAUUAUUCUGCUGACUAUAAUAGUGACCCUGAGGAGUGCCUAUAGCAGCCAGGCCCACCAGGAAAUCGCCAGCUCAUCCAGAUUGUCACUUUGGGCCAGGUAAGCACAAAAAGCCAUUUUCAGAUGCAGAAAUGAAAAGGAAUGCAUGAUUUAAUUGACGAGCCAACAAAAAAGUGACAUCCUAAAUGAAUUCGGUAUUGUUCACUCAUUUAUUCUAAUUUAUUUCAAGAUGGAAAUAACAUUUUAUUUUAGUUCUUUUUUUUUUCUCCUUUCAUAUAUGUAUGCAAAUGUAUGCAUCGAUGCAUACAUGCAUCCGGAGAUGGAAGUUGUAUGUCCACUAUUGGGUCCGUUCGAUGUGUGCAAGUCUCCCUCCCCAACCUUUCAGAUUAGAGUCUUCUGUAAUGGUUUUACAAAGGUCAGGGUUUUCACUGGUUGGGAUGUAGCAGCAGCCUGUGUUUAAAGGUCACCACGCCACACCAUCACAUUAUCUCCCUGUCAUUUCAUAACAGUUUGUCUGUGUUUUUCAAAGGUUCAGCUCCUCCGAGGCUCAGUGUGACUGCAUUUUCUUUAGCUGUGAAAGCAACGAGGUGGUGCAAGGAAAGGGGAGAGGCUAAAGUGGUUACACACACCUAAUACGGUUUCUUUUUUUUUUUUCCUGCGGGGGAUAUUGGCAUCUUGAUGUCAGCAAAACCAAAUGAAAUCAACACUUGAUAAACAUAAGCCAGGGUUGGGGAACUUUUUCUUAACUGUAUUUGUAGGGCAAUUUAAAACAACCACCGCUGUACUGCACAUGAAACAAAAAUUCACACAACAAUAAAACAAUAAAUUAAAAAUGAAAACAGUAGCAAGCACAACACUGUAAAACUGACCUGGUAGUCAUGCCAGCAGUCUUUCAAGGUCUGAGAAGAGCCAUGCAGCUUGUCUUGAAAAACGUUUUUAAAUUGUUGAUUGAUUUUUUUUGCCCGAAAAUAUAAGUAGGCCUAAUGAGGGGAGUAGGCUACAGCGUCCUCUCCUGCACUGUAGAAUGUUUGCAGCAGAUUUGUCAGGCUACAAUCCUUGAGUAGCUUGUUGUCAGGAUCCUCAUAGAUUUAAGAACCACAUUACGCAAAAUACUACCAAAGUAUAGUAAUUCUGUACUGUAAUAUAGAUCAACAAAAACAUGAUCA